UCUCCUUUCUUCCUAGUGACCUCCACGCUCCUUUAUCCAAACGGAUAUAUACUCGAAUACAGACCACCACCCACGCGUCUAUGGCGCGAGCCACCAGCUGUGCAGUAUACUCAUCUACCAAAUCUCGCUCGUCGGCACGACUACCACCCAGGAAUCUUCGGCUGCUCACCUGCUUCCACCUACCUGAGCGCUCACCCUUGUCGCACGCAGCAUCGAAUCUACGAUCUUCCUAACGCGGCGGGUUGAGGGCUUUACCUGCUCUGGCGCAACAUCGUUAUGGAAGCCCCCGGGCUCAAAGCCUGUCUUUCAAAGUGUGUCGAUAGAACCAUCGUUUCCCGCCACGCAGAACGAGCCGUCAAUACAAUCACCGCCGGUCUCUUCUGGGCGCCUCCUCCUCAGACGAAUUGGCCGCUCCCUCCGAAAGACGUUUUCCGCGCCCUGGGAGAGGUUGUCAUACUACUCGCGCCCGUCAUCAUCGCCCCUACGAUAUGCUACCUUUACGUUCUCUUCCUGUUGCGGAAGCGAAGCCUCAAGCACCAGUACGAAUCGUACUCGAAGCAGCAAGUUCAGAAGCGGAAGAUUACCUGGCAGGCGUUUGAGGAGAGGAUGAUGGAAGAGCGCAUGCUGUCGGACAGGAUAAAGGGGGAGGAGGAUUAAUCCGGAGAAGACGGGGUUUGGGGCAGACAUCGUCUGGCAAUAUAGGGCAAUCAAUCAUCUUGACUUGGGUCUUGACUCUUGAUUCUUGCUGUUUGGUUAAUGGGCAAUGUGACUUGAUGUGGGGCUUGAAGAAACUCCUGACGUUGGUGGGAGAGGUUUGACCUCUGCUGUUCUGGAGACGGAGAACUGUGAUAGUCGUUUCCGAGCAGUUACUGUCACUCG